CUGGUCAUCUUUCCAUUAUAUUUCUCGUUAGUAAAAGUAUUCAUUAUUAAGGGGGAGGAAAUGAGGAACCUGUUAAAUAUUUUUACCUUUUCAACUCAUCUAUUAGUAUCUAUACCAUCUUUGGCACAACAAAAGGUCAAGACUGCACCCCAAGAAAUUGAACCAUUUCAAGAAAAAGACUAUCAAUUAAAGUUUCGAGAGUAUCAUUCUUUGGAUAAGCCUUACAUAGGCGCGCGAUUAAGUAUACCAGGGUGGUUCAUAUCUGGCAGUACCAAAGUCACUAGAACUCACAUAUUACUGACGCCUGAUCAACGUUCUAAAGUUGGACAUCUGUGGAACAUUUAUCCUAACCAAAGCCCCAGCUGGAUUGUCAAGUUUGAAUUUAUGGUUGAUGGGUCUAGCCCAAGAAGUUACGCUGAUGGUUUCGCGUUUUGGUAUACGAAAGAAAAGAAUGUUGUAGGUCGUGUUUUUGGCUCUAAAAACUAUUUUACUGGCCUGGGGGUGUUUUUGGAUACUUACAACAAUAAUCCGUCCAGUUCGGUUCUGUUUCCUUACCUCUCCAGUUGGAUCAACGACGGCUCUAUUUCUUAUGAACACAGUUCAGACGGUCCCGUGAAUGAGCGUUCUGGCUGCCACCUGCCUGUUUUUGGAAAAAAAACGCUGACUGAGCUAAAAAUCUCUUACGUUGAUCGUGUGUUAAGGGUAGAACACAAAAACGGAGACCAUGACGACUACAAGCUUUGUGUUUAUGAAAAAGAUGUAGAGCUCCCCACUGGUUACUUCUUUGGCUUCUCAGCCGCUACUGGUGAUGUUACGGCUGAGCACUACAUAUUAAGGGUGGCAACGUACGAAGUGGUUUCCAAUAAAGCAAGCCCCAUCCCACCCCUGCAAAAAGUAAAACCGGGCGUAAUAAUGCUCGAGCCCGAGUUGGAAUCAAAUAUAUUUUUAAAAAUCUUAAGACAUAUUUGGGGUUUAACAAAGAUUAUCUUUUUGCUGGGGGCCCUCCUGGUUGCUUGUUUUCUUGCUAUUUAUGUCAUUCGCAUGAAAGUUCAAGAAAGAAAUGCUGCUCGAUUUUAACUAACGAAUUCCUUUAUUUUGCAAAACAAAAAGUUUAGUUUAAAUCAAGCAAAGUACUUCACCAUAAAA